AUGUGUAGAAAAUUUGAAGAUUUUUGUACUGAGUGGAAGAUUUUUAGUAGUUGGAGAUUUUAUUGGGCGGUAAUUGUGCCGACUAAUUUUGUGGCGAUUGGGAUGGUGGGGUGGAGAGGGAUGGAGAGUGAGGGGGAAGCAUGGAUGUAUGGGAUCUUUUAUGUUUAUCUUAUCCUAUCGACCUUUGGCCUUCAGACUAUAUUAAGCGUGUGCUCAUCAGAGUUUAUUGAUGAAGAUGCUGAUAACAAAAUCGCCUGGGUAUUUAUCAUUUUUGCAGCUCUGAACCCAAUAGUUAUUUGGUUUGCCUUAUUCUCAGAAGAGUUAUUCCCAUGAGGAUUCAAGCAGAAAAUAGGAGCAGUUAUAACAUUCGCACCAUAUGUGUUUAUCAUGAUAUUUUUGUUGAUAAUUCCCAUCUUGUUAAACAAUGAUUUGGGAUGGCUAUUUUGGGUCUCUUAUGUUCUAAUCAAUCUGAUGGUUGUUAAUUGUUUCUUAUUGUUCUUAUUUAUGGAAGCGAUGGAAGAUGGAGGUACCCUCAACAUCCCUCUUAUGGUCCUAAACCCCAUUACCUUCUUUCUCCUUCUGUUCUUUCUACUGCUCUUCCUUCUUAAGUCCUUAAGCUGGUGCUUGUGUAGUGGGAAUUCUGAGAAAAUGGAUAAGGAUGAUAUUGUUAUCAAAAAUGUUAAUCAAGCAGCUUGUAAUGAAUUUAAAGAAUGAGUGAUAUGUUUGGAUAGUAUUGAAGGUCAAGUAUCUAUUUGUCUGGUUGAUUGUGGCCAUCGAUACCAUCAAGAGUGAAUUAACAAAUGGAUAGAAAAAGACGAUAACUGUCCCAUUUGAAGAAGAAAAAUUAUUAAACAUCUAACAGUUGAGAAUGCUUAUUUAGAUCCUCUGCCUUGCUAGGAUCCGAUUUUUCAUUAAUAUAUUUCUGUGAAUUAUGCUAUUAACUAAUAUUUUUGCUUUUUUGUUAAUGCAUGAAGCUG